AUGUUGGGCUUUUCGUUAACGGAAUGUAUGAUUUUGUGUAGCGGUGUUGUUCUCAUGCUCUUAUUAUUGAGUGAAAUUUGGAAUUGGACACAAUUCUGCUCAUUGAUUGGAAACGAUUUCCAUCUACCCGUUUUCUCAUUUGGAUAUGCUCAUCAAAAUGGUCCUCAUACUUGGAAGGACCUAUAUCCCCAAAGUACCGGUAGCAAUCAAUCGCCAAUCAAUAUCAUCACUAGACUUGCCGUAGUAGUCCAACCACCAGAGCCACUUCGAUGGAGCAAUUAUAAUAGCGAACCCUUAUCGAUGACUAUUAUAAACGACGGUCAUUUUGUGAAGCUCCGAGGAUCUUGGGCCAAUAUUAAGCGGCCGCAGCUUCAAGGGGCUUUGACCGAUACGUAUGAUUUUUUUCAAGUUAUCUUUCACUGGGGUCCGUCCAACGAAGAGGGCAGUGAACAUACCUUGGACUAUGUUCGUUAUCCUAUGGAGCUACAAAUCGUUCAUACUAAACGUGGAAUUAAAACGCCAUUGGAUGCAAUCGCCCUUGGAGCGAAAGACGGAAUAGCGAUUGUUUCAUUUUUCCUUCAAAUAAAUAAUACGGAUAAUCCCUAUCUGGAUCAUAUUGUGAGAAAUUUAAGGCGUAUUACCCAACCGCAAAGUAUAGUCCACAUACCUCCUUUUCCAUUGGAAUGGGUUUUUUCACCUUUCGACAGAAAUUAUUAUACAUACAGUGGUUCUAUCAGCUAUCCUCCUUGCAGUGAAAUCGUUACAUGGAUCAUUCAACAAGAACCAAUUGCCAUAUCUACAUCGCAGGUUGAACAAUUUCGGAAACUAUGUUCAACGGAUGGACCGUUACUUCUGAAUUGUCGACCGGUUCAAUCGCUAAACGAUCGCGAUGUUUACUUUUAUGAGCAGACUUUAUCGUAA